AUGGGCUCAGCAGCAGAAUGGUCGCCAUCUUCUUGGCAAUCGAAGCCCAUCAAACAAGUAGUCACAUACGAUGAUCAAACCGCUGUCUCAGCAGCGCUGUCAAAACUCUCAAGCUUGCCACCAAUUGUCACUCCAACCGAAAUCAUCAAGCUGAAGUCCAGCCUCCGGGAUGCCGCCCUUGGAAAAUCGUUCUUGCUCCAGGGAGGCGACUGUGCAGAAUUGUUUUCUUAUUGUGCCGAUGACCCGAUCAACGCCAAGAUCAAGCUUCUGCUACAGAUGAGUUUGGUACUAAUUUGGGGAUCGAACAAGCCCAUCAUCCGCAUAGGUCGCAUGGCAGGCCAAUACGCCAAACCUCGCUCAAGUCCCACAGAGAUCGUGGAUGGCAAGGAGAUGCCGAGCUUCCGUGGAGACAUUCUGAACGGUUUCGACCCAGCGCAUCGGCAUGUGGACCCCGACAGAUUGGUCACUGCGUACUUCCACUCUGCUACGACACUAAAUUACAUCCGUGGACAAUUAUCGAGCGGCAUCGCUGACUUGCACAACCCUCUUGACUGGGACCUAGGCCACGUUCAAGAUGAGGGACUGCAGAAGAAAUACUCCCAGAUUGUAUCGAACAUCUCGGAAUCACUACGUUUCAUGAGGACAAUCGGCGCAGACACAUCGGGACAGCUUCAGACCGUUGACCUCUACACCAGUCACGAAGGCCUUGUACUGGAGUACGAGCAAAGUCUAACACGCAGGCUCAAGCAUCCUGUCGGCUACCAGUCUUCGUUGUCAAACGAUGGCCGGGGCUGGUACAACACGUCUGCGCACUUCAUUUGGAUCGGCGAUCGCACACGCCAGAUUGACGGCGGCCAUGUGGAGUAUUUCCGCGGUAUCGAGAAUCCUAUCGGUAUUAAGGUCGGGCCAUCGAUGAAGAAUGAUGAGCUGGUAGAAUUGCUUGAUAUCGUGAACCCGAACAAGGAGAUUGGCAAGGUCACACUGAUCACACGUUACGGAAAGGACAAGGUCGAGUCUAUGCUUGGGCCCCACAUCGAAGCAGUGAAGAAAAGUGGUCACGUUGUCGUUUGGCAAUGCGAUCCGAUGCACGGCAACACGCACAGCACUCCGACUGGGAUUAAGACACGGUCGUUCAACAGCAUCUUCUCCGAGCUAUCUUCUGCCCUAAAGGUCCACAAAGAGCAUAGCUCAUUCCUCGGCGGUAUGCAUCUCGAAUUGACUGGUGAUGCAGUAACAGAGUGCACCGGUGGCAGCGAAGGUCUGGCGGAAGAGGACCUCAGCUUGAAUUACACGACGUACUGCGACCCCAGACUGAACGAGAAACAAGCGUUAGAACUAGCGUUCCUUGUUGCGGGUCACUAUCGCGAGGAUAACGCUCUAUAA